AUGGAUGAUUCUUCGUCAUACCCAGCAGACGAUCCCAACAGCUCUAGCUGCGUGCGCAACGAUGAGGACGACAUCGAUCUCUGCCACGAAAUGGACUGGCGCAUGAGUCUCAGAUGCUACUACACCGUCGUGUUAGAGGACUUUAAGGAGAUUACAUCCAUGUAUCUCAGACUCGGCGAAGAGUACCACUCUCUUUCGCCCUUCCUCCCGAUCGGUCCUGAAGGGCCAACCGGCGCUGUCUUCAUCCUCCGCGCACUCUUCAAACUGCAUCUUCCCAUCUUCGCGGAUUCGCACAAUGUGUUUCUGCAACGCCUCGUCACUCUCACCACCGCCAUUCCGCAGUAUGCCGCGGCGGGUCAAGAACCCGACAAUCGGCAUGAAGGGAAGAGGCGCUGGCUGCAAGAACUCGAUAAGGAGCUGUUCGCGAUGAAGGAUGAACUGACUAGAACUAAGUUCCACUUGGAGGGUCUACUCAGUAAUGCUCAGGCGAAUCUUGUUGAUGGCUGGGAAGAAAUGGACGGCGAUCGGAAGACAUGGGUCGCGAAGAUCAAGGAGUUGGGGUUGGGUAGUGGGUUGACGCCGGGAUAUGGGGGUGACCCGGCCGGAGCGGAUGCUGGAGACAGGAUGGAAGAUCUUGCUUCCGUGCUGACUCAACUCGGUCUCUGCCGCAGACCAGACGGCGAUCUGAUCAAUCUCCCGACCUUGUUCGCCAUCCUCAAGGGCCAGCUCAUUCAGAUCACGACUCAGUAUCUCAGACUAGGCGUGGAGUAUCACAACUUCGACCCUAGCGCCCCGGUCGGUGACGGAUCAGAUGAGGCUGCUAUCCAUUUCCAUGGACUCCGCGCCUACUUCACACUUGGAGGACAUUCCCCAUCGGCUCCCGAUGUCUCUUUUCUUGAUCGUCUCGCCACGCUUCACGCCGCCUUCCCGCACUUCGCAGCCGCUGGUGAGGAGCCUGACAAUGAGCAGGGAGGCAAGAGGCGCUGGCUGAAUGCCCGCGACGAGGAGCUGGAUGAUUUGAAGGAUACGCUUGUUGCGGCUGAGUUCCAUCUACGCAUCAUGGUGUCCACGACGCAUACAACCGGCGGCGAUGUCACGUCUCUCAAGAAGGGAUUCUCGAUGGACAAGGAGAUGUGGGAGGCAAAGGUCAAGGAGCUGGACUUGGCCAAGUGGUGGAUCGCGGAGACUGAGGAAGGGGCUGGCGAUGCGAUGGAAGAGUAG